AUGAUAUUACCGUCGGUGCUGAGACCGGCGAACGAGAGGAGAAUAGAGGAGCUCGUGUCGUUAAAGGAUCUGAACCCCGUCGGUUAUCCAGCUGGGACCCCGACGCCUCCCUUCGAGCAUAUGCCUAAGUCGUUACAACGGCGUUACGUCAAAGUUAAAGAACUUCUAUUUGAUCCAGAGACGUCCCAGCGUAUCUACUGGCAGGAAGUGCCUUUUGAUAACAACGACGACGAAGUUCACGAUCAUGAUAAUGGAUGUUUCCUUUUCUUUAAGAUAAGCAUUCGCAGAAUGAUCGAUAAGUGGUUUGGUGCACUUUUUGGAUUGACUAAGUUUGAUGAGUUUCAUUAUUGA